AAAACUACAAGGAAGAAUAUGGGAAACUAAGAUUUGGUGGUCUGUAAUGUAGUAACUAUAAUAACUAAAAUUCGUUAAACUCAUAAAUAAUAUAUUUCUAAUAGUAUAUAUCGUCAUAACAGAAAAAUACUAUUAUAAUCACAUUUUGGUCUAGGAUUUACAGAUAAUUGUGGUUUUAUAUUCUUUGGCAUCGCUGAGGUUGAUUUGUCACUAAAGAUGCUUGAAAAAAUUAUACAUAUACCAGUACCCCAAAAACUUUUCUACUACCUUCGUUACAAUACCCAAUUAUACAGCGUUACAGUAACUUGCGACUGUGAUGUUACCAGUGAUGAUAUUAGCGUCAUAGAAUUGUUGUAGGAGGUGUAGUUUUGUUCGUCAUAAGUUCCAUCAAUUUAUUCAGAAAUACUAAGAAUUCCUUAAGAAUAUGUGUCAUUAUGGUGAGUGACCAAGAUUUAAUUUCUCUUUGUAUCCUAUCUAAUUUAUGUUUUAUGGAAAUUUAAUGUAUUAUUUCACAAUUAUUUAACUGUGUUUAAAGUUCUUGGCUGGUUUUUUUGGUGUCCAUGGUCUUGUGCAAUAAUUUGUCCCCUAUUUAAUUAUUGGAUACCAUGCCAACUAAGCGUAAUAUAAAAUAUUUAUGGAAUUUCAUAUUUUUUAACAAUUUUGGGAACAAGUUAACCAUUUUAGAGCAUUAUUUAGGUAUUUUCAAACGUCUAACUAAUAGUUGUCCAGUGGCCAAUAACUAAAUUUUGGGGUGAUUAACUACUGAACCUAUGUGUUUGGUUUAUCCACAAGUCCAUUAAUUAAUUAACUCGUAACCCAAAUCGUAUUUUGUCGUUUGAGGGGAAGACUCGCCUCAGGACCAGAUUUGUGCAUGUUUGAACAAAGGCUUUCCCCUCCGGAUAGAAGAUGUACAGGAGCUGGUCAAGAGAUAGACACUACCCCCUGCGAGAAUACAUUCACAGACAAUAUGCUUCGAAGAGGCUGGUCUUUUAAAAAGGAAUCCUGAUGUAAAAUUCAGACUUCAGAGGAGAUUAUAAUGGCCAGUUCUUAUAUUUCGGGAAAUGAUAGUGGAUAUUAUUCCUUCUAUAUCCAAGAUUCAAACUUCUCCAGAACAGUUAACCAUAUGUUCAAAAUCGACAAUCUUGUAACGGCCAAUACUGAGCUGUCCUCAUGCUCUCAUAGAACUACUUCAGAUUGUUAUAAAUAAUAAUAGUUCACUUAAUUUUCCCUUCACUUCAUGACAUUGACAAGUUAUUUUUUUGGCUAAAGACUACAGACCGCAAAGGUAAAAAACAAACUGUAGGACUGCCGUUUGUGUUAGCUUCUUCAGAUCAGCAAAGUGCAGGAAAACGGUACAGGAAGAACUUCAACCCAAAAGCAACAGUAUGAAGAUCAUUUAAAUUAUACCAGAAGCUACGCAUAGAUUGUUUUCAACUGAAAUCGUCAUGCUAAUCAUUAAACAGAAAAGUGCUAACAUCAACUACAGGGAAACUGUUUUCGAAGAACAAAAUGAGAUACCUAAAUCCAAGGUGCUUUUUAUUUCUGAUGUCAGGAUAGUGCCAAUAAGUUUGGCCGCAACAAACAGAAUUUACAUUGGGCUAUGCUAUGGAUGUGUGAUGACUAUCUCAUCCUUAAAAUCAGGAUAUGAAGAUGCCAGUGGAUGAACUUCCAACUGUGAAUCCCGAUGUGGACUACAAGCAGAUUUUACCUAUACAACAAAAGCGUACAAUUGCGUUCGUUAACCAUUUUAUUAUGAAUUGGAUAUCGUAUUUAAAUCAUUUCGCUCAGUCUUGUGAAUCACGGUUCAUGGAAUUUGAAUACAAGGUUCAAAAAUUAGAAGCCUCUCUACUUAUUUUGGAAUCACAACUUUCCUCCAUAACUGGUUUAAAAAGUUUAAAUACUGUCCAAAAGACUAAUAAUAUUACGGAUUCAGCAGUACUUGAAAUUAACUCCAAUCUGGAUAUUGAGCCUACAAUGGCAAACUUACAACUUCUGAAAGGAUCAAAUGAUGGUGAUGAUAUAAAAGGGAAAUCAGAGAUUGGUCUUAAAGCCCGAGAUGAUCCUAGAUACAAAAAAUUCUUCAAAAUGUUGCAAGUUAGGAUACCUGAAGAAGCAGUCAAAUUACAAAUGAAAAGUGAGGGAGUUGAUCCCGAUAUUUUAAACCACCCUGAGGAUGUUAUACCAAGCAUACCUUAAAGUGGGAAAAGUUUGUAUGUUUUGCUUAAGGACCUAAAUAAAAUUCUUAUAAACA